UGCAACCGUAGGUAGAGUACAAAACCGUUGUGUCUCUCUCCACCAAGGCUAUACGAUGGAUAUUGCUGACAACAUCGCCCGGUGCCCUUACCUCCAUAACACUAAGAGCACGCUAGUGCAUAUAACGCGCCAAUCCCAUGUCCGCAAAUAAGGACCCUCUCCAACCCCGCCUUAGGCAACUGGCUGCGAAAUUUGACUCCUGCCUGCACAACGCGCAGCUAUCGGACAUUGAACUACUUGAGCUCUAUCACUCCAUCAAUAUUCAUGAUAAAAUAGCAAAGGAGGCCGCAAUGCCAGAGCCCAACUUACGUCACCUAGUCGUACUCUGCAACAUGAACGAUGCGAUUACCCUCGGACAAUACCAGCUUUACCAGAAACGUGCACGUGCUCACGAUGUUACGAUGUACAGCGCAUCACUGCUGCAGGCGUCGUCAGACUAUGAGAAAGAGUGCCUGAAGGCUUCAGACAGGUUCUCCAUCGCGUCAAGACAGUGCGAUAAGUCCCUGCAAUCUCGGAUUCACAACAUCCACCUCAACUUUUAAGCCAAUGACAAAGUUGCCCACCAGACUAGGUCCUUGGAAUCGGAAUACAUCCGACUAUCGAAGUACUAAACAGCCAGGCGACCUUUGGCGGGGUGGUGCAGUACGACUCGGGCAAGGCGAUGCUAAGCGGGUUCGAGCAGACGGGGUCGCUAAACUCUCUGCCACAGAUGCUGUUCGCUAUAGUGGUUGGUAAACAGCUCGUAGCUACCGCAGGUAUUUCGGUGGUACGCGGCGUCGUCACCAGCUGCAGGAAGGACAGUCGAUCCGCUCCUGCCAAAGGGCUGCGCCGCAGGCGAUAGCUUGUAGAUAUAGCUAAAGAGAAGAGCGCUGUGUAUAGAUCUAAAUAACAUACUCUUACUAAGCAUAGCCACCAUCACAGCUCCAC